AUGAGCGCCUUUCCGGAGCCUUCGUCCUUCGAAAUCGAGUUUGCCAAGCAGAUGAACCGGCCUCGGACCGUCCAGUUCAAGCAGCUGGUGGCGGUUCUGUACAUUUUUGGCGGCACCUCGGCCCUUAUUUAUAUCAUCAGCAAGACCAUUUUGAACCCGCUUUUCGAAGAGCUCACGUUUGCGCGAAGUGAGUACGCCAUACAUGCCCGUCGGCUGAUGGAGCAGCUCAACGCCAAAUUGUCAUCUAUGGCUAGCUAUAUUCCGCCUGUGCGGGCUUUGCAGGGCCAACGAUUUGUGGAUGCUCAGACACAGACCGAGGAUGAGGAGGGCGAGGAUAUCCCCAACCCCAGCCUCGGCAAGAGCAGCCACGUGUCGUUUGGCGAGUCGCCCAUGCAGCUCAAGUUGGCCGAGAAGGAAAAGCAGCAGAAGUUGAUUGAUGAUAGCGUGGACAAUCUGGAGCGACUGGCCGACUCACUCAAGCACGCCGGAGAGGUGAGUGAUCUGUCGGCGCUGUCGGGCUUCAAGUACCAGGUUGAGGAGCUGACCAAUUACUCGGAUCAGCUGGCCAUGUCGGGAUACUCGAUGAUGAAGAGUGGAUUGCCAGGCCAUGAAACCGCCAUGAGCGAGACCAAGAAGGAAAUCAGAAGCUUGAAGGGCUCUGUUCUCAGUGUCAGAUAG